AUGGCUGCAUCGAAACAAGGAUCUACUGAACUAAUGUCCGACGUUAAGAAACCAUUGGAGAUUGCCAUUGUGGGAGGUGGAAUCAUUGGAGGGUUUGCAGCUGCAACCCUUUCGAGGCUCCCCAACUCAAAAGUCAGCUUGUUUGAAAAGGCAGAGGGACCGCGAGAAGCAGGUGCCUGGAUCGCACUUACGGAAGCUGCUCUUCUCACUCUCUCACGAAUUGCCAAUAUUGAAGAGGUGCAAGAGUUUGUUUACAGAGGUAAGCCGGAGCCGCUUUCAAGACGUCAUUGGAAAACUGGUGAGGUCUUAAAGUACGACACUUCGUCAUUUCCAAGACCAGAGAAUUUCGUUCAAGCGAGAACGCAUAGGGUGCCGCUUCAUAAUUUUGUUUUGAAGCAUGUCCCGGAAGGCGUAAUAAAGUAUAAUCAUGCUGUCGUCAAGAUUGACGUGGACAUCUCUGGAGGGACCCUACACUUUGAGAAUCAAGACCCUGUCCGUGCAGAUCUCAUUGUUGCAGCUGAUGGAAUUUAUUCCAGGAUCCGCAGACAGUUUCGUGUGAACGAAAACUUGGAAUACAAAGGAGUGGUCGCCUAUAGAUAUGUCUUUGAUGAAAAUCUACUCAAGGACGUUCACGGAGUGUUGGAUGAUACCUCAUCAUGGAUGGGAAGAGAUGGUACCUCGGUUUUCCUUGGAAAAGUUGGUCUUCAAAAAUAUGGAUUUGUGGCUUUGAUUCCUGAGCCUCCAAAUGUUGCAUCUGAUCUGGCCUGGAAUAGAAGUGCUGGCCAGCGGGGAAUAUCACACCUGCUACACUACUUCCAGGAGUGGGACCCAUUAAUUACCAAGAUCAUUAACGUUCUUCCGGACAUUCUAGCUUUUCCUCUGGAAAGAGCACCAUGGCUCCACGACUUGACCAUUGGUGACAGAAUAGUUUUUGCCGGGGAUGCGGCCCACCCAACUUCAGGGGUUUAUGCUGUGGGAUCGUCCAUGGGAUUUGACGAUAUAUGGGCAUUGUACCGAGCUCUUUCUGAAACUUCUACAAAAUCCACUAAUGACGAUUCUGAUGAGGAAACAAAAUAUAAUCUGCCGCUAUCCUUAUUUCUGUUCAAUGAGACUAGAAAACAUUUUCUCCAGAGAGUGGAGCGUCAAACCUUCAUUGACGGCGAAGUGAAGAGAAAGUAUCUUAACGUUGCGAAAGAUGAUGCAGACUGGCAACGGCGACUCCUUAACACUCUGGGAGGCUUAGAUUGGGUGAAAGAGCAUAACGUAGAGUUAGAGUAUCAGAAAGUUAGAGACGAGCACUUCCUUAAGAUAUAUACAUGA